GUCCAAAAAAUUGUAUUACCCACAAUCCUGUGCACUCUUCCUUACGCUCAUGGGCGGAGCUCGAACGGAAACAUGGCAGCGGGCGUCUUAAGCGGAGUAAGGCAGGUUUUCCGGGGCCCUCGGUUGGUCUCUGCUGUGUUCUCGUGUCACGGACAGACAUUGAGCUCCGCAUCAGCUGCAGUCAAAUCAGCGCCAGACACCGCUGCUACAGAAAAGAUCCUGAACUUCCCACUCACUCAACCGGAUUAUUUCCACUUGUCUGAGCUCUUCACUAUGAAGGACCUGUUUGAAGCCCGUGUCCAUCUUGGACACAAGAAAGGCUGCCGGCAUAGGCUGAUGGGACCGUAUCUGUUUGGUUCUCGUCUGGAUAUAGACAUCAUUGAUCUGGAGCAGACAGCAGAACACCUGCAGCGGGCGCUGAACUUCACGGCUCACGUGGCGUACCGCGGCGGCAUCAUCCUGUUUGUCAGCCGCAGGCGUCAGUUCAGUCAGUUGAUAGAGACGACGGCGCGAGAGUGCGGCGAAUACGCUCACACGCGCUACUGGAAAGGUGGCCUGCUCACCAACGCCCCCAUCCAGUACAGCCCCGGCGUCCGGCUGCCAGACCUCAUCGUUUUCUUCUCCACGCUCAAUAACGUUUUCCAGCAGCACGUCGGCAUCCGAGACGCGGCCAAAAUGAAUAUUCCCACAGUCGGGAUUGUGGACUCUAAUUGUAACCCAAGCCUCAUCGCAUACCCAGUGCCCGGCAACGAUGACACUCCUGUUGCCAUGGAGAUGUACUGCCGGCUGUUUAAAAUGACCAUUAAUAGAGCAAAGGACAAGAGGAGGCAGAUGGAGCUUCUUAAGGGUAUUUCAGCCUCAGUGUGAAGCAGGUCAAUGAGAGUUUGUGUGUGUGUGUGUCUGUUGUCCUCACAUAGAAAGUUCCGUGAAAAUAAGAGUACAAAAAACUGCAGUUAAAAUUCAGAUGUAUUAUUUUGAGUAAAGUUCAGUACCUAAAAACUUGAAACGUGUGACCAUCCUAGAACUAUGGAAGCCCAUUUUCACCUUGGAAUAAAAAAAGUAAUUGCAACUUUAUAUCUCACAAU